UUAUGUAACGAGGAACGAGUGUAGGAAUAGAAUUAAGUCUUUGCGCAAGCGUCGGAAGCAGUAUGAACCUUCUGACUUUGUACUGUGACGUUGUGCCAUAUGGUCUCAGUCGUCCUCAAUGACAAUGUUCUUCCUCCUUUUCUUUUCCCCACCCACCACUCCCUUUUCAACACGCGAUGGUUCGUGUCAACACUCAAGCAUUGCUCAUUGCUCUCCCUCUUCGGUGGUCCGGACUGCGCCUGAUCCCUGUCAUGAGUAGCUCGCGAUGGUUUUCUUUUCCCUCUCACCCUUGCAGCUCACCUUUUAUCUGGCAGGACAUGCAACUCGGGACCGGGAGGCGCUGCGCGCCUUCGCCCAAAUCGCUCAGAAUAGGAUAUAUCGAGGAUCAUGGACAUUGAAUGUUCAUAGCACGGUAGUAGAGGCAAUAUUAAUUGGAUUCUCCAAGCAGAACUGCUCCAAGUGACUUGCAAAGA